UCCAGACACACCACCUCCUGCGACAGCAGCCACAGCAACUUUCUCUCCUCCCGACCCUCGUCGCUCUCUUUUUGUUAUUCAUCAUGUAUAUGCGCAUUCGGUAGUACACCACCAUAUCCUUAGUAAUCGAGCCACACCCCCUAUCGCCGGCGCUGCGACCCUCGCCGCGCACGCUUCCGGGAUCCGUCCGAUCCGCCGCUGAGAGGCCAUGGCCGACGAGAAGCACCUCUACGAGAUCCGCGAAGAGCCCCCGAUCCCCACCUACGAAGAGGCGACGUCCUCCUCCAACACACAGUACUCGCGCCGCGGGCCCCAAGAAGCCUCGGACGAUGCGGAGCGGCAGACGCUGCUGGGCCACGACCUGCCCGCAGGCCCCAAUGUGCAGUCGAGCUCGCGCCGCCGCAAUGGCUACUACCACCCGCCGUCGGUGCAGUCGGUCGACGACGACGACGAUGGCGACAGCGGGCUCGGGAGUCCCGUGGACGCCGACGAGGAGGCAGAGCUGAGGGAGACGAUGGAGGAGAUGGAGAUCCUGGACCCGGAGAGCGCCGACGAGGGGCGCGCACGGAGGAAUCGCUCUCGAGGCCGGUUCUCGAAGCGCUUCUACAGCAUCACCAACUCGCUGUCCAGUUUCCACCUCCCGCGGAUACCGUGGCCGUCUUCGCCUGCUGCUCUGUUCCACUCCCUCACGUCGAGGCUGCCUACGAUACCGGUCGAGUACAGGCCAGGAUGGUCCGUCAUGGCAAGAUUGUGUGGUCUUAUAGUAAUCGUGGCGCUGGUAUAUCUAUUGGUCGUGAGCGAGGUGGUGCCCAUGGGUGGCGCGGGUUACGGCGCUCCCUUCAACCCCGAGUGGGUGCGCCAGUUCGCGCUGCAAAAUGUGGAGACCCCUAGGCUGCGAGAAAACCUCAGAUACGUUACGUCCUACGACCACGUGGCUGGCACAGAGGGGAGCUACAUACUGGGACAAUGGAUAGAGGCGCAGUUCAAGGAGGCGCACAUGGACACAUAUACCCACGACGAGUACUUCGUGUACUUGAACUAUCCAACAGAAAAGGGCCGCCGGGUUGCCAUCGUAGAACCGAAAGAGAAGCAGUGGGAGGCUCAGUUGGAAGAGAGGGAGGCGUAUAAUCCCCCGCGGGCGCAGACAAAGGCGUUCCAUGGAUAUUCAGCUUCUGGCAAUGUUACGGGACCGCUGAUCUACGUCAACUUCGGCGAUAAGAAAGACUUCAAGACGUUAUGGGACAGCGGGAUCGAUGUCCAAGGGGCGGUCGUUCUGAUGCGAUAUUAUGGUUCUCAAUCGGACAGGGCUAUGAAAGUAAAAGCAGCGCAAAAUGCAGGAGUAGCCGGUGUCAUCAUGUACUCAGACCCCGCCGAGGACGGUUUCAAGAAAGGCAAGGCGUGGCCAGAGGGCCGGUGGAGACCAGCAGGCAGUGUGCAGAGAGGCUCCGUAGCCAUGUCCAACAUGAUCAUAGGCGACCCACUCACGCCGGGACUACCCAGCACAAAGGAUCAAAAGCGCAUGCCCAAGGAUAAAAACCCCGCGUUACCUACCAUCCCCAGCAUACCAAUUUCCUGGGAUCAAGCGCAGAAACUCCUUCAGUCACUGCAAGGCAUAGGUGAAGAAAUAGCCCCGGAAGGAAACUUCGAGCACUGGAUCGGCGGAGUUCCAGACGUGGGCGAGAAGUGGUGGUCUGGCCAUCCUGAGAAGUCACCCAAGGUUAACCUUCAGAACAACCAGGAAGAGGUGGACAGGCAGCGAAUCACGAACGUGUUCGGCUCCUUUCUCGGCUCAGAAGACAAAGCCAAGAAGAUCAUCGUCGGCAGCCACCGCGACUCGUGGUGUUUUGGUGCCGCAGACCCAGGAUCUGGAACAGCUGUUAUGCUCGAGGUCGCACGUGUCCUAGGCGAGCUGCGCAUGCAAGGCUGGCGUCCGCUUCGCACCAUCGAAUUCGCAUCUUGGGAUGCCGAGGAGUACAACAUGAUUGGAUCGACUGAGCACGUAGAAGCCAACUUGGAGGAACUCCGCGCAAACGCCAUCGCAUACCUGAACGUCGAUGUCGGCGUAACGGGCGACAAGCUGUGGGCCAAUGGAUCUCCCAUCUUCAAACAUGCCUGGAAUCGUGUGCUAGACCGUAUCUCGGAUCCGCACAAAAACGUCACCCUCCUCAAGCUCUGGCAACAUCAUCAUGGCGACAAGUUUGGUGGUUUAGGCGUGGACAGUGACUACGUGGCCUUCCAAGACCUAGCCGGCUGCUCGUCUCUAAACUUCGGCUUCUCAGGUCCUGAGCACGGCGACAUGGCGCACAGCUGCUACGAGACCUUCGAAUGGAUGUCUCAGCACGUCGAUCCAGAUUUCGUAUACCACAAUCUCCUCACACAGAUCUGGGUCCUGAUCAUCCUCGAGCUUGCCCAGGAGCCCCUCAUGCCGCUUAAGGUCGACGACUACGCUACUUCCCUCCAAGAAGAGGGUCAAAAGCUCAUCGAAUGGACAGAGAAGCAAGGCGGCGACUUCGACAUUGGCAUGUUCCAGCCGCUAGUCGAUGCUCUCGCCAACGUCGGCGGCAAAGCGCAAGAGUUCGAGCAGUGGGAGACGGCGUGGUACAACCAGAUCGUCGGCACGGGCGGCUUCGAGACGCAGGGCCUGACCGUGCAGCGGGUGGCGCACAAUGCGCGGAUGGCGGGCUUCGAGUCGGAUCUGUUGGAUGUGCAGCGUGGAAACGUGGAUGGAGAGCAGGAGCAUGGUCUACCUGGCCGCACGCAAUUCAAGCACAUCAUUUUCGGUCCCUCGCGCUACGACGCCAGUGACACGUCCUACACCUUCCCCUUCAUCCGCGACGCCAUCGAGCGGCAUACCCUCGACGAAACGAAGGACUGGAAGGAGACAGAGGCGCAGAUCAAGAAGACAGCGGAGAUCCUGGACCGUGCGGCCGAGCGCCUUAUGCAUUAGCACUGCCGCUGUCCUUUGUAGAUACACUAUAUCAUCCAGCAUGGGCGGAGUUUGGCGUUGGGCCCCUGUGCAGGAGCACACGGGUGUGUUUUGGCCGUUUUGGCAGCAUUUAUGGCAUCUAUAGACCCGACAAGGGGAUCUUAUAUAGCUAUCGAUAGCGAAGCUACGUUUUUUAUGUG